AGUCAUUUUCAACAUUGUCAACUUCAGUAAAACCAAAAGCCUGUAUCGGGAUGGAAUGUCUCCAAUGGUAAAAUCCACAAGCAGGCCUAAAUGGCAAAGACUGCCAUCCAAAAAUGUGUUUUAUUAUCGCUGCCCUGAUCACAGGAAGAACUAUGUUAUGUCAUUUGCUUUCUGCUUUGAUCAUGAGGAUGACAUAUACCAGUUUGCUUACUGCUACCCAUAUACUUAUACUCGGCUUCAGCAUUAUCUGGAUAACUUACAGAAGAGAAAAAUGGACUACUAUUGCAGAGAGCGUCUGGGACUUAGUGUGCAACAGCGGCAACUUGACCUCUUGACUAUAACCAACCCUGUAAAUCUUCGUCCAGGAGCAGAGCAGAAAGUAGUGUUUAUUACAGCUCGGGUCCACCCGGGGGAAACACCAUCAUCUUUGGUGUGCCAAGGUAUCAUUGAUUUUCUUGUGAGCCCGCAUCCAAUUGCCAAAGUGCUAAGAGAUCAUUUGGUCUUCAAGAUUGCGCCUAUGCUUAAUCCAGAUGGCGUUUACCUUGGUAAUUACAGGUGUUCCUUAAUGGGCUUUGAUUUAAACCGGCAUUGGGUGGAUCCUUCUCCUUGGGCUCAUCCUACUCUACAUGGUGUCAAGCAGCUCAUUGUUCAGAUGUACAACAACCCGAAAGUUACCCUGGAAUUCUAUAUUGACAUCCAUGCUCAUUCCACUAUGACAAAUGGCUUUAUGUAUGGAAACAUCUUUGAAGAUGAGGAAAGAUUUCAGAGACAGGCGAUUUUCCCCAAAUUACUCUGCCAGAAUGCUGAAGACUUCUCCUUUUCGAGCACUUCUUUCAAUCGAGAUGCUGUUAAGGCAGGAACAGGUCGGCGUUUCCUAGGUGGUUUACUGGAUGACACCUCUUACUGCUACACACUGGAAGUUUCUUUCUACAGUUACAUAGUUGGAGGUACUACUUCUACAGUUCCAUAUACAGAAGAAAUAUAUAUGAAACUAGGAAGGAACGUGGCCAGAACAUUUUUGGAUUACUACAGACUGAACGCCAUUACACAAAGACCUUUGGCACCCAUUUCACGUACAUGGAAAGAAAAAGCAUCCAUCUACCAAUAUGCCUACCAUCGAGGACAAGGAAAUAACCAAGGUGCCAGCAAGCCAGAUAAGAGGUCCCAGAUGACUCUUAAGGAACAUGCUCACUCAACAUAGACCUCCAAAAAGUGAUGUGCUUUUCAGAGAAGGUGGAAGUAGCACUUUCUCCUGGAAGCAGGAGCACAUUUUUCCUUCCUCCUAGCCAAUUGUUUUUCAAAAAUGGAGGAGAAAUGCUUUCCUUAUAAAUGCUACUGUUGACUUUGCCCACAGUUGUUUUAACUGCAAGUCUUUUUCUUCAAAAGUAAACAAAUCUUUCUGCAAAAUGUAUUCUUUUUUGACACGUUAAAACUUACAUUGUACAUAGCAUGUGAAAGCUAGCCCUCCCACUGUUGCACUGAAGUACUGGGCAGAUCUAAGGAAAGCUUUCCUUGAUGCUGUAUGAUUUUUACAUUUGUUGGUCUUAUAUCCAAAGCAUUAUUUGCCAGUGAUGUAUGUUAAAGUGAUUCAUUUACAUGGGUGCAAGUCAUGCUAGUGCUCUCUGGAACACCAUGAUGUGCUAUUUUAAUAUCUAAAAACCAUUUCUGUUUUAUUUUGCCAUUGGUUUUCUGGCUGAACUGUAGAAUUAAAAUGUGUGUUAAAGGCUUUUAUUUUCACUCUGUGACUAUAUUGGGAUGUUCUGAAGGAGGGGUGAACAUGUUGCUAAGUCAGGAGGAACACUUAGAUAGGUUUUGCAUCACAAAGAGGCUUGCCUUUUCUUUCUCCUCUUAACUCUUAAAGAUGAGAGCUUCACAGCCAUCUUAUGCUCUGGGGUGGAGGGAAAAUGAAGGGUGCUUCAUUUUCUGUAACCUGCUACAAUAGGCUACACUUUUGGCGGCGGCGGGGGGAGCUGAUGCAAGUUGAAAUACAAAAUAUCUAGAAGACCAAAAGUUCCCCAUUCCUCAUCUAAAAUGAAAGGAAAAUAAUAUUUGGUGCAAAAUACUGGUGCACCUGGAUCUAACAGUAUUCUGUCUUUUGCCUUCAGUUUACAAAGUAGCAUCAUUGCCCCUUGUCCAAUAGUGUGAUUUGCCUUGUCAAUAAGUCAGCAAUCAUACCAAUUAGUUCUUUGGAAUCAGGAGACCAAAACACAGCCCUCUCACCUGAACAGCUAUCAGCAUGAUGGGCAAUUUUCUGACUCAGGCAAUGCAUACAGCUCUGGCAACCAAUGGAGGACAAGUUUUGUGAAUUAUGCAUAUGACCUCCUCCAGAUAGGUAUAUGUGCUCACAAUCCAAUUUCCAUGCCCUAGCUCAAUUGGAGCAUUUUUGUAAAAAGAUAUGGAAGAAUGGGAGUCAAGAAAUAUGAACAUCCACUCCCCCUGCUUUUAGAAAAGCAAGUUGAUAAAAUCUCUUCUAUACUGUUAUCAUUUUAAGGUGAAGGUUAAAUUGUGUACAUUUUCAGAGAUGCAAAAGUGCUGUAAUACAUACAAUGAAGCUACAUAGCUUUGGCUUCUUGCAUCUGUAAGCAGAAUAAUGACUAGACUAGAAAGCUUGAUAAUUAAAAUGACCUUUUGGCAAUCUACUUUAAAAGGCAGACAGAGUGGGAAAGAAAAAAUCUUGUGAAUUUAAAGUACAGUGCUGUUAGUUUAUGACUAGCCUUGCAGGUGGUUGGGUUUUUUGGUUGUUGUUUUUUUAAAGUUUCAGUGGAAGAUUUCCAAACUGGUUUAUACAGCAGGCAUAAGUGUGUAUAUAUAUGUGUGUUAAUUAAACAUUUUAGUUGUAACAGAACAUUUGCAGAGUUACUUGUUGUUACUUUCGCAGUGCAUUUAUGUUAU